GAAAUGUGUAAGAAAAAAGCUCAAAGUGUUCCCUCGUUGUGCGCAUGAGUUGGAUGAGGCUGCGUUCACAGGAGGGAGCCCGCCACAGGAGUUUAUCACCAUGAACUCAGCCAGAAAACAGAGCAAAGGAUCUGAGCUUCAGCUGCCCGGACGUCUACUCGGUGCUUAAAUGUGUACGUUAAAAAGGAGCUGAAGAUGCAGGGGGCCAUUGCACGUGUGUGUGUGGUGGUGGCCGCUGCCAUAUUAAACCACCCCUUGCUGUUUCCUCAAGAGAACACCACACUCCCGGAGCAGGACGAGGUGCUGAUGGCUCGCAUGCGGGAGCAUGAAGAGAGGCUGGAAAUGGAGCAGGCCAAGCUGGAGAAAGAGCUUUCACAGCUGGAGUCACAGCAGGAAGAAACCACCCCGGAGGAGGGUUACAGCUGGUACUUCUGGAGCACUGUGUCCUUCGUCAUAUUCUUCACUAUCGAGAUGUACAGGGUGGAUGUUGCCGACACAGAAAUCAAGCCAGUUGAGGAUGAAGACAUAUUUUCAGAGAGUGGAUCAGUCACCCCCAUAACGGUGGUACUCGAUAAAGAUGUCCUGAGAAACUUCUGUGACAAAUGCAGCUACGCUUCAUCUCAUGAAAACUGGAGGGUGAGGGAGUUUGUCGAGGGUUUCGCCGAUGACCUGCUGGAAUCGCUCAGGAGCGUGUGCGACAGGGAGGCAGACAUGGAAGUCGGGGACUUUGUCGGGAUUGGAAGCAUGUUCGAGUCUUGGAAGGUGUGUAAGCCACUGAUGUGCGACCUGAUCGUGCCUUUCUCGCCUCCGGAUCCGUACUCCUUCCAGUUCCAUCUGUGGUGCAACCCCUCCAGCGACGUGCCUCCGGACAUGCAGGGCUGUGGCAAGAUAAAAGUGACCAGGUUUGGGGAGAACGAUGAGGGCUGUCUCUGUGGCUCUGCUAACCUGGGAGAGGACAUGCUGUGUCUGUUGCACGGCAGGAACGACACGCUCAAAGUGGACCGCAGUCCUGAUGAACUGCUGUGCUCCAGGAACACACCUUUCUUAGCCAAAGAUCGAGUCAUGAAGUGGUUUCAGAUCUCUGUAACCAAAGCGUGGGGACGCAUCUCUCACAAGUACGACUUUGAGGUCACUUUUCGCAACCUGGAUGCCGCCGGUGCUCUGAAGAUCCGAUUCCGUUCGGGGAAAGUCAUCGUAAUGAACAUCAUACCGGUGGUACAGCUGGAGGAUACAGACGCCUAUUUUGUCUCACACUUUCCCUCAGAUUGUGACAGCUCUCCCGACCCAUACUGGCCCCUCUCUUUUGCUGCCUACGAAAGGAAUUUGCUGAAACAUUUUGCCAAACGCCUACCACAAAAUUCCUGUCAUUUGCACUGCCUACAGAUUGUUACUUUCCUGCACAGAAAGCAGACAGGGCUCACAGGUGUGAGUGCCCUCACUAACUAUCACCUAAAGACCGCUCUGUUGCACUUGUUGCUGACUAAAAGGCCCUCGGUGUGGGGCAUUGAGAGUAUGGAGCACAGACUUCGGGAUGUGCUCAGCUUCUUGCAGAGGAGCCUGCGGGAGAAGAGACUUCAUCACGUUCUGAUCGGGAACAGUAAAGUGCCAGAGGACGUCCGGGUUCCUGAGAUAAUUCGCAAAGCGGAGCCCAUCAAUCUGUUUCGGUCUCUGGUGUUGCAGAGGGAGCUUCAUGCAGCUACAACGAGGCACUUCCACGAGAUGUUGAGAAAUGCACCAGUGCUUAUACGAGAGUACACACCUCACUUAUCAAAUGGAGGUCUACACCGCAGCCUGGAUGAAAGCGUGUGAGCUUCAGUGUUACUAAGAGUCAUACGCAAGUACUGAAAUGAAAGGUGCGCAUACAACAGUUAUUUUAGUUACGGGCAAUAUCUUAGAUGUGGUUUUUGCUGCAGCUGCUCUCUUUACAUUAAACAAGGUAGCCAGUGUGUUGAGAAUCUGGCCUUCAAACAAUGCAUAAGCAGCAUUUCUGUCUGUAAAAUCUAGUGGCAAAACAGUGCCUUCCCUACAAGAUUUUAUGGGUGUAUUGUUUACCCAUGUAGUCGAUCUGUAUUCAGUCCGUAGGACUGUUUCUGAGUCAUAUUGCUUGUUUUAUGGGCAUAAUAAUUUUCUUAAGAUAUCCCUAAUGCCUCUAAAAGAAGCAGCAACUAGUAAUUUACAUGAAGGAUUAUUUUAGAAAAGCAUUUCAGUAUUCUCCUGAUAAAAAGACAAAGCACUUUUGUCUGUUGGGGAAACAUUUGAACAGAAAUACCUCUCAUGUUACGCUGGUCUAACAGGAAUAAAUGACCUAAUAGAAGAUAAUUAUUUGAAGAUCAGCUUGUGCCGAUGAUUGGCUGAUAAAUCGAUGUAUCCCUAUACCAAACAGUAUAGCAGUGUUUUUGUUCUCAUUCAUACUGUUGCGAAUGUGAUGGCAGCUAUUACAUUUUGUAAUGUUCAAUGAUAAAUAUGUUUUGUUAUUGCUUAUUAGAAUGUUUUUCUGGUUACAUUUCCACUGGGUUGAUGUCAAAUCUUUGGUAGAGCUGCAGUUUAUUAAAUGGGACAACCCUGUGCAGCCUGCGGGGAAAACAGUUUUUUGUUUUGUUUAUAACACAGACAAAAUACAGAUUCAGGCCGGAGUCAUUACAUCUCCAAUUUUUAUUAGAAAAAGUGCCAAACUUUGGAAUGGAUCAUUGAAAACAUCUCGAGUCACAUUUAGCUCAAUAUGCCUCAUUCCCAUUAUGGUUCAUAUUUCCCCUUCAAUACCAAAAUAAGUCUUAAAUGUCCAAUAAAAUAUAUUUUUGUUCUUAACUCAUCAUGAUAUUUACUAUAGUAUAUUUUCCUAUUACACACUUUGAAAGACAGAUUCCAGCCUAACCAUGAUCAAAAACCAAACAAAUGGACGGUUUAAGGUUUGGAGCACUUAUGUUCUACAGGCCAUAGUCAUAGUUGGGUUUUCCCUCAGUGUAACUCUUGUAGAAGGCCUUGUAGGUGUCCUCACUGUGCAUGGUGGCUUUGACAGCCGGGUCCUCAAACAUGCGCUCCGUCCAUUUCUUCAGCUCAGGUGUGCUGUCAAGGCAGCUGAAAAAACAAAGGGAAUGCAAUCAUUCACUCAAAACCAAAAUUCAACUCAUGAAGUCGCCCUCAUGAAAUAUCAGAUAUCAUGAAGGAAAGACGACAAAGAAGACUUUGAGACUGUGAGACUCCCUGCUUUAUAUUAUACUUACUGUACUGAACCUAAUAUUUGCUCCUAUCUACAGUGACCUUGACUGUUAUGAAAUGCUUCUAUACAUAAAAUGUAUUUAUUUUUAAA